AUAGAUAAUAGACUAGUUUCGAUGCCUCGUUUUAUUCCUCACCUCCAGCAGAAUGUGUGUGUGUGGGACUGUGACAAGGUGGAUAACAAGUAUGCACAGCAGAUACUGGGAGAAAAGCACCCCAGGGCGGCAGUUGCUCAAAUUCUUGUACCGUGUAUCGUCUGCUCAUAUUAUGUUUCUCUCUCUUUCUCAUUGCAGUCAUUUCAAGGCAGUCAAGGAAGAGCCUAUCUGUUUAAUUCAGUGGUGAAUGUCGGCUGCGGGCCAGCUGAGGAGCGGGUUCUCCUCACAGGUUUACAUGCUGUGGCUGACAUCUACUGUGAAAACUGUAAAACCACCCUUGGCUGGAAAUAUGAACACGCGUUUGAGAGCAGUCAAAAGUACAAAGAGGGAAAGUUCAUCAUUGAGCUGGCACACAUGAUCAAAGACAACGGAUGGGAGUGAUGCUCCUCUUCUCACUCUCUGACCUUGGAAUGCUUUUUAGUGAACUGCAUGGAGCGACGACCAACGACCACCUUGCCCCCCCCCGAGCCCCCUUAAAAAGAAAAACUCCACGAACCUCCACCCCAUCGCCUCUUUCACACACACACACACACACACACACACACACACACACACACACACACACACACACACACACACACACACACACACACACACACACACACACACACUCAUCGUGAGAGUGACAAAAUGGCGACAGAGGAGCAACUGGAGUGCUGUGAUUACUUUGAAGAGUGUGUGUUCUCCUUCACAGAGCGGGAUUUUUGGAGUCUGCUUUCCUCACUCUCACCCCCCCCUCCCCUCACCGAACCACGCUAACAAGUGACUGUGGUGUCAUGGCGACCACUAUGCGAAUGGAGAUAGACUUCACUGAGAGGACAUGUUUUUUUUCUUUAUGUUGCUCACCCAGCGAGACGGGUGAUGAUUUAUUUGUAAUGUUAUUUACUAUAUCUUUAUCUUCUGGGUCUAAGGACUUGGUUUGAUAGCAGAUGGGUGUUACUGGUUAGCAUUUUAUUUCCCUGUCAAGUCUGUCCUGUUGUGUUUUUUUGUUGUUGUUGGUUUUUAUUUGUCUCUUUGCCUUUAGCUGAGCAUGCUUUUCUUUGCUGAUGUCCAAAUGAGCAAUCAGGGACGGGUGGGGAGCGGAGGGGAAAGGGAGUUUUUUGUAGUUACAAAUAUGUAGCAGCAUCUUGCUUUUAAAAAAAAAAGAUGAAAAAAUUGGCGAGGGAUGGGAUGCAGUAGUGUGGGAUGUUAUUCCUGAUAUAUCUUUAUUGUUUUAUCUUUCUUGUUAAUUUUCUUAACUUCUCCCCCCUUCUGGUACUUCUCAGCACCCAAAAAGCAUAAGGAGCAGCACCUCCGAUGUGUUGGACAUAAAUGGAUAUGUAUAAAUAUAUAUAUAUAUAUAUAUAUAUAUAUAUUUAAAUAUUUGUAGCGUUUGGCUAAGUGCGAUUGUGGCUGGUCCCAUUUUGCAGCAGUACUACACGUUAAAAUGAGCGAAAAUUGUUUCUAGACUGGGGAACCUGACAUCAGUGGCCACAUGUCAUAAAGCAUUAAGGCGGACUGUAUUAUUCCAUUGUCUAGUAAUGAAACAAUCAGAGAGACAACUACAUAUGAAUAUAUAUAUAUAUAUAUAUAUACACGCAUGCUAUGGUUACAUAUCCAUAAAUGCUAUGAAACUGUUGAUAGUACGUAAAUAUUGGAAUAUGGAUUCUGAAUAUGUUUGCUGUCGUGCACAUAUGUAUAUAUGCAUAGACUUUGUGUAUAUGCAUUGUGUGUGUGGUCACGCAUUACACAGUGACGUACUUGAACGUUGCUAUUUCGUUUGCACUUUGCAGAGGCCUUUGGUUCAUCUCAGUUUAGAGGCAAAACUCUAGUUCGCUCUUGUCUGUAUUUUUCUACUUUUGUUUUUUUUAAAUGGCCUUUCUCACAGAUGAACGACAGAUUGUUGUAGACGGAAAGAAAGUUUGACCUGGACAGUUUGAGGUGUUUUCAUAGUUUUUCGUUACGACUGAAGCUAGAUGCUUCUACAAGUUUUGGUUUUAUUUCAAUAAAAUCAACAACUGAUGCUUUUCCUCUUAGUUUUUCUCGAGAAAAGUUUAGUUUCCGAUUCUUUGCUGCUAUCGUAGAAAUGCGGCCAUUUCCUUCUCGCUCUUGUAGGUCUUUUUGCACUUUAAAUGCUUAUCCGUCUCUCUCUCUCUCUCUUAGAGCAUAUGAAUUGUCUCUUUGUGAUUUGCCUCUAAGCUGUAUGAAUCUUGUGCCUCUUCAAAUCUCCCCUCUUAUUUUUCUGUUGUGCAGUGCAUAACUUAAAAAAUCCUUUGUGGGAACGAUGUGUCUUCCCCCUUCUGUGGCCCUCAAAAUAAUUUUUUUUCACAUAGAUCCUCAUAAAAUGCAUAUUUUUUAUUUUCUUCUCACAACAGAAACUUAUACAUAAACACUUUUAUUUUCCACAUUAAGAUUUAGAGGUGCAAAAAACAGAUGGAUAUUUCUCAGAGUAAAGCAUAGAGGAGGAGGUUUGGAGCAUGCGGGAUGCCUUAGGCUUGUUGUUUGACUUUUUAUUGUAAGGAUAACAAAAAAAGUUGGCAGCAGGUGGAGGUUGGGCGGGGCGGGAUGGGAGAAAUUAAAAAAUCAGCAGUGAUUGAUUACUUUGCCGGCAAGGUCAGUCAGAUCACAUGACCUUUUUAUCCCAAAAAACGAUGACAAUGCAAACCCAUACCUACUUGAACAUUUAAAGACAUAAACAGCUGAGAUAUUGGCCCGUGUUAAAGUUUUUGUACAUAAACUAACAUAUUUAAGGUUUUAUACGUAUUUCUACUGGGUUGGUUCUUUUACUUCCCCAACUUGAAGCACUUUUGUUCACUGUACCUCUGACUGUGUGUGUCUGUGUCUAUGUGUGUGUGCAUGCAGGCCUGCACACGAAGGUGAAUGUUUAGUUUCUUUUCCGCAGACACUUUAUUUGUUUCUCUUUUUUUGGUUUGGAAGUUUUUUUAUUUGUCCUGAUGUUUUCCUUCUUUCGCAGCUGUUUGGUUUCUCUCCCGGUGAUCCGUGAGGUCGAGGGCCAGGUUAGUUUGUUUGGAAGUGAUUUAUCAUUGUUCUAUGUUGCUUUUCUGUUAGCUUGUUUAUCUAGCCUGUUUGGUGAGAGCCUGUUAGAGGGCCGAUGUUAAGGUCCCUGCUGAGCCGUGUGAACAUAGGGGGGCGAGCUGGAAUCUCCCACCGUGUCACAGGGAGACCCUUUCACCACUACAGUCAGUGUCUCCUGUAUACUGGCUUUCAGGGGAUCAGACGCACCCUCUGGCGGCCUUUUUGGAGGUUCUUAGCUUUUGUCACCGCUGGCUAUGUAUCUGAUUGUAUUUCUUAAGUUUGCUGGUUGUGACCGAAAAUGAAUGGUUACAUCCCUGAUAUAUUUGAUUUCUUGUUUUGAUAAAGUUAGCUUCUUACCUAUCGGAGCUCAGUCUCUACAUCCAGUUGUGGGACUAUUUUUAACUAUAAAUAAAGCACUCAGUAUUCCACAAUCCACUGCGCACAUGUCUCUUAAAGGGGAACUGUUUUGGCUAACAGUCAGUGUUUCAAAUGUUCACCUGGCUGCCAUGAUUCAGAAGUUUACUUCAGGGGGCGUCGAUUGUUUUUACAACUCACUUUAGAUGAACGCACGCUAACUGACAAAAAGCCUUGACGCAAGAUGGCGGCUGCGUUCCUAGAGACACUGCACUCGGAAAAUAGCGAUGUGAAUAUUGAAAAAUAAAUGAGCUAGCCAGCUCCCAACGGAGUCCGUUUAACUAACGCUGGCCAGCCGCCUGCGGUGCUGCUUACAGUAUUUCUGUAACCAGUGUAGCAUGUUAGCAUAGUGGAAUUGGCUAGCUAGCUAAAACAAUGGAUGCCACCGAGGGUGUGUCGCUUCCCCUUGACAUCAGUGUCUGGUUGAGUAAAAGGUGCAACAGAGUACAUUUCGGACUACACUAAUCAGUGAUGCAGGGUGUAGAACCUUCAAACACAGAAGCAUUCAAUCAAAACUCUUCAGCCUGGUGUUAUGUUUCUCUUUAAUGGUGCAUUUAAGCGAUUACGAAGGGAUCUCAUUGAUAUUUGUGUUCUUGUUUUCAUCAGUGCUAGUUAAAUGGCUACAUUUCAUGAACUCUGGUAUUCACCAUGUCAUGGUGAUACACUUGAAAACUACUGAGACUGAAAGUUCAGGUUUGGCUGUCUGUUUUUCAAGAGUCUGAUCAUAUAUCAUGAUCUACAUAAGCAAACAGGAGUUAAAACUGUUCAACCUACAUCAGACUCAUAUCAGAAAAUUUCUAAAUCCAGCCCUUGGUUUAGAUUUAUAACUUUAUGAACCUUUUCCAAGGACACUGGUAGAUACAUUUUUCUACAAACAAACAAAAACUACCUUACCAGACCAUUCAUGUCUGCCUAUAUGGUAACUGAAUGGACUUGUUAGCUGUUCCAUGCACAGAGCCAGUUCCUCCAACGGACAUCCACAUUGGCGCCAGCAGUGGUUGCUCGCAGAGCCUCUUUACUUGCCCUGGGCUCAGUCAAUUUAAGUUGAAUCAACAAAAAGCAGUUGCCAGUAUCACCGCCGGUGUGUACCAAAAAGACCCAGGUUCUACCGAAUGCAUCAGUGUCAUGUGUUAAUGGCGGGAAGGAAGUCAGGGGUCGAGCGUCUCCUGGAGAUUUAAAUUCUAUACCAAAAUGAAAGAGGAGAAAUCCUGUCUCAUAUGACAUUGUCUUUCGGUAGAAUGUUUUGAUUCUCUGAACACAACAGUGUCAAAGCAGCCUGGAUGAAAAUGCUAAUAUUUGCUGCUGAAAAACUGUUUACUUUGUAUUGUUAUUUUUGUUUUAUUGUGACACUGGCUACCAACUUCAUGAGCUCAGUUACUUUCUAUAUCUGUACCUAAAGCGUAAUCAAAAGCAAGAUUGGUAUACAGGGGAAAAGACUGUACAAGUUAUUUUCUUAGGGCUUUUAAAACACAGUUUAAGGUCUAAAGCAUGUUGUAUUUAUAAUGGCUAUAUGUUGUGCCUGUUUUAUUUUUAUUUUUUCCUAAAUUUAAAACAAAACUAUUAUAUGCUUUUCAUUUGACUACAUUGCUUUGUAUUCUGUCUUAGUAAAGCCAUGUCACAUAUCUGUUUUCACUCUAAUGUAAACUAUCAGAUAUCACAAUAAAUUUUCAAUGGCAUUAA